ACUGCAAAAUGAACUACUUUCAUCAAAAUAAAUUGAGAAAGUUGCGCUGUCGUCCGUCUUCCAAUCUUCUUUCCUUUUUUCAAUCAUAGCACAUCUUCAUUUUCAACUUUACCCCUUUAUGUGUUUCUUUUAAAAUCGCAACCCCCAUGCACACCCUCUGGAGGCCUCCCAGUGUGUCCCAGGCGGUUUCGUUCAUACCGGAGCGAGCAGGCAGUGUACGGGACCUCCCUGUCUCUCCAGCCGUAACCCGGCUUCCUGUGUCACCUGGAGACCAUGAGUACACACCUAACACUCCCCCAUCACCAGCUUCUGCAGCAGAUAAGGACUCUAACAUCAGUCAGGACUCAUGGGGACAGGAGACUAGGAACCAGUCGUCUGGAGGACCGCUAGAAACAGUCGCAGCGUCUUGCUGCUGUGUUGACCUACUUUAGGAUUCCUCUCCAUCCAACACGACUACUUGUGUACGGGUGUUGAGCACUUCGGUCAACAUAGGAGAGCGAACUUGACCGUGAACUGGACUUAGGAAGGCCAUCUUCAACCACAAACCGACACGGAAAGACUGAACACCAAGGAAGUUAGGAGUUGUGUUGACUGAAGGUUUGUGUUGAGCGACAAAUCUGUACGUGUAUGUACAACCGGCAACUAGCGUCAGCUCAUUGUAUGAACAUCUGUUCGCGGAAAUAUUUUACACCGGUAACGUUACCAAGCGGCAUGGACGAUUUAGACUAAGGUGUUAGAAGACGACAAAAUUGUACCGUUUUUUAUGAGCAUAUUCAGGUCCAUGUCACAGUAAGACAAUUCAAAGGGGGCUUCAUUGUUCUAGAUCGGACACAAUUUUGACGGUGCCAUGAAAUAAGCACGUUCAAAACGUUGUGCUAUGAUAGCUACUGUCGUCGCUGUCAAGUAUACAUGUAGGACGGAAGAGUACAUGGACUUGAGAUUGCAAGGCUCAUAAGAAAUACCUGCGUCAAGUAUGCCGGAGAGAAGUACCCUCGGCACUCGGUUUCCGACGGUGAGCGGGAGCGGGGGGUCGCCGGUGUCGUCUACGGGCGGGGAGGCACGUCUGCCCGCUUGUGUGGCCACGGUGCCCUCGGGUCUAACGGAGUCGUACCCUCAUUCGAAAAGAGUUGGAUCGUACCUGAUCGGCAGAACUCUAGGGGAAGGUUCAUUUGCCAAGGUGAGGGAAGGACUACAUGCCGUCACCGGAGAAAAGGUGGCUAUCAAGGUGAUUGACAAAAAGACCGCACGAGAAGACGCCUACAUCUCCCGGAACCUGCGGAGGGAGGGGCGACUCAUGCAGCUUCUCCGCCAUCCUAACAUCGUACAGCUUCUUGAGAUCCUGGAGACGGAGAACUCGUACUACCUGGUGCUGGAGCUGUGUGAGGGAGGGGACCUGAUGGAGCACAUCUGUAAGAAACACCGGCUGGAGGAGGCGGAGGCCAGGCGGUACCUGCGGCAGGUGGUGUCAGCUGUACAGCACCUGCACGAUGCGGGGAUCAUACACAGGGACUUGAAGGUGGAGAAUCUCCUGUUGGACGAAAACAUGAACGUCAAACUCAUCGAUUUCGGGCUGAGUAACUCGUUCCGGUCCCCGGGCGGUGGUGAGGGCAGCACAGCCGCAGAGUUCUGUGUGACGCAGUGCGGCAGUCCUGCCUACGCCGCGCCCGAGCUGCUCGGCCACAAGCGGUACGGACCCAAGGUGGACGUCUGGAGCAUAGGAGUGAACAUGUACGCCAUGCUGACGGGGAACCUGCCGUUCACCGUGGAUCCCUUUAACAUCAAGGCGCUGCACAGGAAGAUGCUGACGGGCGAGAUGAACCCGCUUCCCGGUGGUCUCUCCUUAGGUUGCCGUGAGCUGCUCCGGCUCCUACUGACGGCCGACCCUGACAGACGUCCAUCACUCAAGCAGGUGUGCAGGAACAGGUGGCUCAACGAGGGACACAAGGGGACCCUUCCCGUCAUGCCCUUUCCUAACCGGGUCAAUCCUGAUGACCUCGACUCAAGGAUCCUGAAUCACAUGCGUGACACCCUGAAGCUCUCAGUAUCGGACACCGUCCACAUGAUUGUGGGGAACAAGGCGCACCAGAACAGCGCCAUCUACCACCUGCUGCAGACACGGCUGGAGCGGUACAGCUCACAGGUCAAGGUUACAAUGAAGAAGCUGGAGGUGGCUGAGAAUGUUUUGCUGAAGCGCCGCCUGUCGGCCGCCCACAAACCUGCAGACGAUGCUGUACCAGAGGCUGGCGAUGGUGGCUCUUCUGGUGAGGUCAAGCCACAGCCCAAGCAGGUUAAAGGUGAAAGGCCAUUUCAUCCUGCUGGCUCACCCAGUCAUGCAAGACAUCGGGUCAUAGUUCACACAGGAGGACCAACCAACAAAGUCUCGCUGCCAUACAUGAACUCCAUCAGGAGGGGCCCAGGUGGCAGGGUAGAAGCCAGAAUCCUGCGCAGACAUGUCAGACAGGUUCACAGGGAGAGGAAGGCCCAGGCUCAGGCCAUCGGCCAAUCACAUCAGACACCUCAUCCAAGCAACCAACCACAGCCAAGCUCAAGAUAUCAACCAGAGUUGGUGAAAAAAUCUACCAAUCCUUCUGAACCCACUCACUCUGACCAAUCACAAGCAACUUCUGGUGGGAAUGACCAGUCAGGGGUGGCAGACAGCAGUCAAGCAGAUGAGAGGAGGCCAAAGUCAGGAAAAGUCAUCAAGAAAAGGCCAGCUUCUUGGAUUGGUCACAACAGACAUUUUGUGGUCCAUGUGAAAGCACCUCCUGAGAGGUUACAUGAAGACCAUAGAGUGACAGCGCCUGAUCCCAAACCCAUCGACCUACUGGCACUGACCUCUGAUGACCCUCCUGCCAUCAUCACCAUGGCGAGGAGUGAGACACGCCCCGGGAGCAGCUCACCCAUGAAGGAGGGGGAGGCAGGGUCUGAUGGGGAGGACUCCAGCAUGCCUAGUGUAGGAGAGAGCAUCAGUAGUGGUGCUUCUGAGGAAGGAUCCCCCCAGCCAAGAAAUGGUUCCACCUCUCCCAAGGGGGAACCCCAGCAGAACUUGGACUAUUCCACUUCCAAAACAGAGGAACCAAAGAAGAGUUUGGACUGCUCCACUGCCCAUGAAGAGGACACCAAACAGAAUUCAGCUUCUCCCACUUUUGCUAAGACAGUUCAGGUAGAGACCGUUGACAGUUUCACAUCAGCUAAUGAGUACACACAGCAGGAUUCCGUCAAGGAGGGUGAAAAAUUCAAGUUCUUUGACGACCUCCGAAAGAAAUCCGUUGAACACGAAGUAGGAAUGACUGAACCACUAGAUGUGAAGUUCCCUCAACAAGACAUUUCAAGUGCUGUACAGAAGAAGUUUUCCCUUGACAGCCACGACACACUGAAUGUACCAAGAACCUCAGCUUUAAGGAGAGCUUCCCUGGACCUGAGAAAACCCAAUGAUCAGAAGGCAAUGGACUUUCUCAAGCUUGGCCGAGAUGGCUCUCAAACUCCAACCCAAGCCAGGAGACGGUCGGUGGACAAUGUCUACCAGCGGCGGAACUCCUACCAGGAGACCCUGACAGCCCUGAGACACAGCAACAAGAGAAACAGCAUCCAGGAACAUGUGCUGCCUGGUCUGAAACCUGCUGGAUCUGUCCUUACAAGCCUGAGGGAGAACUCAGCUAAGCUCUCUGCUACUGUCCGACAUACCAUACCACAGUCUAGUUCAAAAGAGAAUGGGGAACCCUAUAGUCCUGCUACCACCCCGAACCCUUGUCCUAGCCCUGUGACAACACCACCCCCUCUCCCUGCUGUUGAGUUCCCCAUUGUGAAAAAGACGGGGGAUAUGGAAAAAACAACAGCACGAACAAUUAAGCGGGAACCCCUCUCACCACAAGCAGCGGACGUGAAAAACUGUCUGACCAACACAAGAACUAUUGCCCUGGCAGAAAGCUCCAAAGAGAAGAUGUUAAAAAGGCUGCGUGUGGUUUUGCAAGAAGUCAGAGUAGACGAAGUGGAACACAGGAUAUCUGGCACUAUUGUGUGCAAGUGGGAGGGAGUAGUGUUUUCAGUUCAAGUGUCCAUGGGGGUGGACUGUGGGGAGGGGGUACUGGUAAGCUUCUACAGGCUGUCUGGAGGGGAUAACCAGAAGUUUUCUCAGCUGUGUGACAGACUGGAGGAAAAGCUGUUGUAGUUUUUGUUAUCUGAAAUACACCACCUGUCUGCUGAACUGUGCCAAAGUUUUACGGAAUUAAGCUUUACUUUGUCAAGAUGAAAUAUAGUGUAUGUAUGGAAACGUGCUAUAAGCCAGAAAUUCCCUAUUGCCCAUUCCUGUGUGUUGCAGUAUAAAAGUGACAAUGGAAACAUGCAGCAAUGCUGUCCACCUUAGCAGUGUCAUGAGGACUACAAUAAGCAGAAUAUAAAGCUAGAGAAUGCACUUCCACAGGUGCCAUUUACAUUGUAUUUAGAAUUGAACAGAAAAAGUUGUUGGUACAUGUUGUACAAUGCCAAAUCUUGAAAGGAAUAUUGUUGCAUUUAGACAAUUAUAAAGAUGAUGUUUAUUUUUUAAAGAGCGUCAUGACUCAAAACAAACAUAUGCAUUCAGUGCCCAAACCCCCAUACUUGUUGCCGUGAUUGGUAAGUGGUCUUAAACAACCCAAGGAUUUGUGCUUGACAAACAUCUAUGUAAUCAGUGGUAGAUUCUUCCUUAUUUACAUCCUAUCAGAUGACCAUUCUGUUUGUCCUCGAUCAAUUGACUCGACCAUGUUCAUGUCAGAUUAUACUGGAUACUACAUUUUUUGUAACUUGCAAAUCAACAACUUUUAAAGCCUUUCAUUCCUCUAUAGAAGCUGACCAGAAAUAACUGUAAAAUAUUUGUAUAUCUAGCUAUAUGUUGUGAAUUUUAUUUUAAGCAAUCCAUGUUCAAGGGGAAUACUGCAAUGUCCACUUGCUUGCCUCUCCAAAACCACUAUAAUCUCAUGGCAAAAUUGAAUUGAUUGCUAUAUCAAUGUAUAAACUUUAUACCAACUUAUUAGUCUUACCGCCCCUACGGCUUCCUGAGCUACAGGACUGAUGGAUGGAUGAAUGGAUGACUUUAGCAAAUCACUUUCUGCUACAGUGGAGUGUAUGUUGAUUUUGUUCAAAAUAAAGAUUGAUGCAUGAACAUCAAUGCUAGUGCUUUUUAUGCACAUACAAGAGCCAGGGGAGGGUAAUCCUUUCUUCCUGUCACUAAAGCAUCUUAAACAUUAAGGAGUCAUGUUUCAGUAAAAAAAAGUUACAACCACUUUGCAGUUUAUGUUUUUAUUAUAGCUACGAACAUAAAAGUCCUUGCACAAUGCUAUUACAAUGCUAAUUUAAUAAAAUAGUUACAUGUGCACUGUUAUCUAGAGAAACCCUGCCACCCCCAUGAGGUGAUAUGAUGGAAUCUUCUGAAAGCUGUGGGUCAUGUUGACGCCACCAUUUAUAUCUGAUAGGGGUGGACAAAGUGUUUUGUGUGGAUAAUGGUUAAUUGCACCACUUUACAGCAGGCCCUCCAUGGAGGCUCUAACAGCUACGAAAGCUUGGUUUACAGCAGAAUUAUACAACAUAUAAUACUGGUAGCCAGUUUGUAAACAUCUCUUCGGCUGUACUAUGGCACAGUGAAUGAAUAAUCAAGCCUACAACAUACUGGUACAACUAGUCCUUUUACUAUACACCAAUCCUUCAUGCGGUUGGUCCUGUCGCAAAAUAUUUUCCCUGUGACAUACACAAUGUUAUGAUAAUCUUUCCUUUCCUUAUACAAAUCCCGGUUAUAAAGGUUACAUAUUCUAUGUUAUACAUACACUAAUUCUUUAAGCCAUACUACAAAUGCUUUCCAUUCAACAGAAUACAAGUGGUUUUGACAGGACCAGUCCAGGAAAUCAAGAAA